AUGAAGAUUUCCUUUGUCGCCCUUACUGUCGUAAUCUCUGGCUCUGCUAUGGGUGUCCCGUUCUUUAACGGAACUCGCAUCGCAUCCAACUCUUCUGUUGUGUCGACUCCUCACUGUAUCUCCGCCGUCUUCCGUAAAUCCUUCUGGAUCCACGCCUUUCACGUCGGCCCCUAUCAUAUCACCAGCGGCAGUGGUGUGAAGCGUGGAGAGGCCAUCUCCAUCCCGACAGAACUUGCAUCCCUGGCUUCUGAUGCUCAGUCGGCCGCUGCAGCCCUCGCUCCUGUCGGUGGUAGCGCCCAAAAGAGUGGCGAGUUGCGUUCGAUCCCUACCGAUCUCCCCUCGCUACUUUCUGAUGCUCAGGCGGCCGCGGCCGCACUGGCCUCCGCCAGAGUCCAGAAGCGUGGCGAGUCUCCGUCACCUUCAGUGAAUCUUUCAUCUCUUCUGGCUGAUGUCCAAUCCAUUGGCAGCGCUAUCGCCUCCGCGGGUGUCCAGAAACGCGCCGCCGAGACCUUUCCUCUCUUGACCUCCAUUGGCACUCCCACGCCUACUGCCCCCUUGGAAUCG